CCCUUAUACACUUCUAACCUCACUUAUGAUUGUCAAAAAUGAUCAAAAAUAGUCGUCAAGUUCAAGUUAAAAAAUUAUUUUUAUUGGCAAAUGAUGUCUUGUAAAUAAUGUGGAGAAUACUUUUUAGAUCAGUUAACAACAGCAAAUUCUAAUUUAACAUGUAUAACACACUUUUGCUUCGAUAUAAACAUACUUCAAAAGUAUCAACAUAUCUUCAAAGAGCAUUAUCUACCUCUCUUGGAAGUGAUGCAGAAAAUAUCGAAAUUGUACCACCUCCAAGCCAUGCCCGAGUGGUUAUAUGUGGUGGUGGUGUUAUGGGAGCAUCGGUAGCUUAUCAUCUAGCAAAAUUAGGAUGGGGACCUCAUACAGUUCUAAUAGAACAAAAUAGGAUUGGAGGUGGAACUACCUGGCAUUCUUCCGGCCUUAUAGAGGUUUUUAAGCCUAGUCUAUCUCAAGUAACACUUACAAAAUCAAGCGUAGCUUUAUACAAGGAACUGGAAAGUCAAGGGCUGUCUACAGGAUGGAAAGAAUGUGGAAGUUUGAAUGUUGCCAGAACCAGAGACAGACUUACUGUUUUUCGUCGAAUGAAAGCUCAAUCAGAAGCAUGGAAAAUAGACUGUGAUAUAUUAACACCCGCUCAAUGUAAAGAAAAAUGCCCUUUAUUGAAUACAGAAGAUCUGAUUGCAGGUUUAUGGAUUCCUGGUGAUGGUGUUGGUGAUCCUUAUGACACUUGUUUAUCCUUAGUUAGUGAGGCAAAGAAAAUGGGGGUAAAAGUUGUUGAGAAUUGUGUCCUUCAAAAGGUGUCUCAGGUAGGGGGCAGAGUAUCCGGAGUAGAGACAAGUUUAGGCUCGAUAGUUUGCGAAUAUUUUGUGAAUUGCGCUGGUUUUUGGGCCAGAGGAAUAGGACAGCUAUCCGAACCGUAUGUUAAAGUACCUCUACAUGCUGUAGAACAUUACUAUUUACACACUAAACCUAUACCCGGGUUGGACCCUUUAACACCAGUUGUUAGGGAUCAAGAUGGGCAUAUUUACUUUAGAGAAAAUAACGGAAGGUUAUUGGCUGGAGGAUUUGAACCAGUGGCUAAACCAGCUUUUGAGGAUGGAAGAAUUCCUGUAAGUGUUGGUGAAAGGCAGCUACCUGAAGACUGGGAUCAUUUCCACGUUCUAUUAGAACAAUUAUUACAUAGAGUGCCUACAUUAGGCUCGGCAGUUUUAGAUAGGCUUUGCAAUGGACCUGAGGCAUUCAGUCCAGAUUGUAAAUGGAUAGUAGGGGAAGCACCUGAGAUAAGAAAUUAUUUGGUGGCUGCUGGGAUGAAAACUGUGGGUAUAUCCGCUGCCGGGGGAGUCGGUAAAGCGACAGCUGAAUUAAUAAUGCACGGCGAGACUGAUUUUGAUAUGUACGAACUCGAAGUUUCGAGAUUUUUAGGUUUACAUAAUAAUCGAAAAUUCUUAAGAGAUAGGGUUGUAGAAGUUCCUGGUUUACAUUAUGGAAUGAACUAUCCCUUCUAUGAAUUCCAAACAGGUAGAAAUUUGAGAAUGUCUCCUGUUUAUCCGAAAUUGAGAGAAGCUGGAGCUGUUUUUGGUCAAGUAAUGGGGUAUGAAAGACCUACGUGGUUUGAUCCUGAACAUAUGGAAGAGCAAGAAUCUUUUGAUUGGUCAACUCCUUACAGGACAGCUUACACAAAUACCUUUGGCAAACCUCCAUGGUUCAAUUUUGUUGCUAGAGAAUAUGCAGCUUGCAGGGAAGGUGUGGGCAUCAGUGAUUAUUCCUCAUUUACUAAAGUUGAUUUAUGGUCAAAAAAUAAUGAAGUAGUUGAUGCUUUACAAUACAUUUGUUCAAACGACGUUGAUGUUCCAAUUGGCAGCAUUAUUCAUACGGGAAUGCAAAAUCAGAGAGGAGGAUAUGAAAACGAUUGUUCCUUGGCUCGAUUGUCGGAAAACCACUACAUGAUGAUCGCACCCACCAUACAACAAACUCGAUGUAAAGUCUGGCUCCAGAAACACCUCCCGCCAUCAGUUGCAACAUCCGACGUAACCAGUAUGUUUACCGCCCUUUGUAUAAUGGGACCCUUUACAAGAACCCUUCUAUCCGAACUGACCGACACCGACCUGAACCACAAGAGCUUUCCUUUCUUUACGUAUAGAAUGCUCGAUAUAGGCCUAGCAAAUGGUAUUAGGACGAUGAAUUUAACCCAUACAGGGGAACUAGGUUAUGUUUUGUAUAUACCUAAUGAAUUUGCCCUUCAUGUAUAUAAUAGUUUAAUCAAUGCCGGUAAGAAGUAUGGGAUUACUCAUGCUGGUUAUUACGCGACCAGGGCAUUGAGAGUUGAAAAGUUCUAUGCUUUUUGGGGGCAGGAUUUGGACACAACUACGACGCCGCUGGAAUGUGGUAGAGUCUGGCGUGUUAAGUUUGAUAAAACUGUUGAUUUUAUUGGUAGAGAUGCCCUUUUGAAACAGCGCGAAGAAGGUGUAAAAAGAAUGUACAUUCAGCUAAUUUUAGAAGACCACGAAACUGAGACUGACUUGUGGCCAUGGGGUGGUGAGCCCAUAUACCGAGAUGGAAAACAAGUGGGCAUGUGUACCACUACUGGUUAUGGGUUUACUUUUAAAAAGCAGGUAUGUUUAGGAUUUGUUGACAAUUUUGAUGAGAAAGGCCAAAGACAAAAAGUAACUCAUGAUUUCAUUACUAGCGGACACUUUGAAGUAGAUGUUGCUGGUAUAAGAUAUCACGCUAAAGCGAAUAUACAUUCUCCCAUAUUGCCAACCAAAUAUCCCGAUGUGGAAAGAGACGUCUACAGAGCUACAAGGGGCAAGAGUGAUGAAAGAAGUGAUUUAAAUCAAGUUGUUAAAGCUAUUUAGUACUGAAUCAUCAAUAUUAUUUAAUGUUAUAGACACCUCAAUGUUUUAAAAUGUAUGUUUUUAAUAGGGUUACCAUAUGUAUGUAUUCUUUGUAAAAGAAAAUAUAUAUUUUAUUAUGUAAUUGAAUUAUAGAUAAUAUUUAUUUGUAACUGAAUUUAUAAUUUUUAGUGUAUAUAAAUUAAAUAAUUUCCUGUAAUAAAGUAAAAAUGUUUUCCAUGUUUAAA